AUGGCCUCCGAUAUGAACAGCACUCAUGUUCCCCAAGAACCAUCUUAUAUCACCGAUAUCAAGGUGUACCACAAUGGGCUUCCUGGUAAUUUCCGAGUCGAGAGCGACAGCCUAGAUGUCCGUUUGAAAGCUACAGUUGACUCACGUGGCAAAAUCUCCGAUAUCGAAUUCAAGCACCGUAAUGGAGAGCAGAUAAGGAAUGGGAUAUUUACUGAUAGGCGGGGAAGCCUUUACUUUACGGGAGAUGCUCGCCUUGCGCAAAUUGUUAUUGUAGUCAUGGGAAUUGCUUGUGAGGCAGUCCGUGUGCCGGAGCGAGUUUCUAUCAUGGUGAGUCCUGAACUUGAUGGUUGA